CUAGAUCGUUUACACCGAUAAAAUAGUACUUCACAUGCUGUUUGAUGCUCGUUCGUAAGCUCGCUUCCACGUUGACCAGGAACAUGUUGCGGCAUCCGCACGAGUACAGGAUGGAUUUUGACCGUGUUCAUAAUACUCAGCGAAGGCGACAUCCUAGGCGCAGGGCAAUUUGAGUGUGUGAAGGCGCUAGGCUGCAAGCAUACUUUACAUCCUUGGCUGUUUGGUCGCUAGGGACCGCCAGUAGGCGUUCAAAGUCAUCCGUGUAGCACUGAAGGAGACAGUAUGGGAAGCAUGUGGUGGAAGCCUUCACGUGAAGGCUCUGCGGACCUACGCAUCUCACGGCUGGAGCUCUUCCAUCGCAAGUUCGAGACGUCCAUGGCCCGAGAGCUGUUGGAGAUCCUCAACGGUCUCAUGUCGCUGGCUUCCGUCUUCAUCUACGUGUACGACACCUACCUGCCCGUACGGCAAACGGCACGUGUCAUGUACUUUGCCUGCUCCAUCACUUUCUCCAUCGAGUACAUCGCAAAGUUGCUGGCGGCCAGAGACAAGCUGCGCUACGUGUUUUGGAGCUGGUCUGUGAUCGACGCGGCGACCAUCGUGUACGGAUUUGCGUAUUAUGAGUACGACUCGCUGGCUACGGCUCUCGGCUUCCUGCGGCUGCUGCGGGUCAUGCAGGUCAUCCGGCUGCUGAAGGCGGUCACCCUGACGGCCCUGCGCGCCAGCCGCCGCCGCGCCUCGCAGCCGUUGCAGCUGGAGCUGCUGCGGCGGGGCGCGGAGCUGGGCAUCACGCUGGGCGGGGUGGUGUUCGUGGCGGCGUGCGUGUUCUACGAACUGGAAGUGGGCAACCAGCGGGACCUGCAGCUGCACCAGGCCUUCUACUGGUCAUGUGUCACAAUCGCCACCAUCGGAUACGGAGACAUCGUACCCCGGACAGCGGCGGGGCAGCUGCUGUUCCCGCUGGUUAUUGUGGUGAUUAUUCUGGUGCUUCCGCGCAAGAUAUCGGACCUGUCGGAAGUGAUGCAGAACUUCAGCCGCUUCGUGCGCAAGAAGUACCGCAGUCCCCGGUUGGGGCGCCACGUCAUCCUGACCGGCUGCGUGACCCCUGGGUCGGCGCGCACCUUCAUUCGGGAGUUCUUCCACCCGGACAGGGGAUACCAGGACCUAGACCUGGUUCUCCUGCUGCCCACCGACCCGCCCCCCGAGCUGCUGGUCACACUGAACCACAGCCGCUGGGAGCGCCGGCUGCACUACCUUCACGGCUCGCCGUACAGCGCAGAGG